AUGGGCCCGACGCUCCAGCGCCAUCCAUUUUCAGGGCUAGUUGAUUCGGCAGCACGGACGCUCACGCUCCACCUCCCCGGCCCCGCGGGGGGCGGCGAGCGAGGGGCCGGUGGUGCGCCCGGGGCUGCCAGGCGCGACAACGCGCCCGGGAUCCCCACCUCAGCCGCGCGCGCCGGCCCUCACCUUCAUUGCGCCGCGGGCUUUCGACGACGGCCCCUGACUCGCGCACGUGCUAGACUCCUUGGUCCGUGUUUCAAGACGGGUCGGCGGCGCCGGGGGGCGGCGGGCCCCGGCCCCCCCCCCCCCCGCGGCCCAACGCCGCGCUGCGAGGGCGCCGCGCCCCUGCCCCCCGGCGAACGGGGAGAGGGAGCGACGCCCCCGCCACGGCGCCGCCGGCGGGGGGGGGCGCGGCGGCGGUCCCUCCCCGGCCCCGGGAUUCGGCGAGACCUGCUGCCCGGGGCUCUAACACCCGCCGCCGCUCGCGGCGCGGCCACCACCCGCCCGCCGGAGGCCCCCCAGCCGACCCGGAGCCGGUCGCGGCGCACCCGCCGAGAGGAAAUGCGCCGGCCAGGGCCGGCCGCCGGGCCGGGCGGCGGUCCCCGCGCCGGCCCGCCCCCCCGGCCCGCCCCCGCGGGCGGGUUCGCCCGGGGGGAGGGGGAGGCGGAGGCGAGGAUCCGCCGAACCCGCGCCGGCCGACCGCAAGCUGGCCGGGUUGAAUCCUCCGGCGGGACUGCGCGGGCCCCACCCGUUUACCUCUUAACGCGGGUCGCCACGUCUGAUCUGAGGUCGCAAGCCCAAAGCCCCAAAGCUCGGCCGCGCCAUGCCGCGCCGCGGGCGCCCGCGGGCGCCCGCGCCGGGACGGCCGCCUCUCGCGUCCCCCCCGCCCCAGCGGGGAGGGGAGACGGCGGACAGCCCCCAUCCCGGAGACGAGAACCGAAAAGGCAAGGCCCGCGGGCAGAGACGGCCCCGCGCGGGAGGACGCCGGCCGGGCGGCGGCGCGCGACGGCCUCGGCGGGGAGAGCGAGAGGAGCGACGGCGCGCCCUCGGCGCCCCGAGACCGCGACGGAAGAGGAGGAGGAGGAGGAGGAGGAGGAGCAGGGCGGGCCAAGGGAGGAGGGGGUCGGAACCCCCCGUCCCCGGCGCUCUCGGCCUCGCGCGCGCGGCAGCACGGCACGGUACCCUCGCGGUAACCCACCCGCAGACAGCCGCCCGCGCGGGGGGGAGGCCGGGGGCGAGGCCCGCGCCUCGCCUCCCUCUCUCGCCUCUCUCUCUCUCUCUCUCGCUCGCUCUCCCUUCCCUCGGCCCUCGGCGGCGCUUUCGGCGCCGUCUCUCGCUCUCCCCCCGGCCGCCGCCGCCGCAUCCGCGGCGGGGCCCCCGGCGAGGACGAGCUCCGGCCCCAGCGGCUCGUUCCGGGAGCGGGGAGCUACGGAGCGCUCCCCGAGUCUGCAUUUAGGGGGACGAAGGCCCUUCGCGCGGCGGCGGCGACGACGACGACGCCCGCCGGGCCGCAGGCAAGGGAUCGAGGGCGGCCGAGGGAAACGCUUCCCUCGCCCAACCCCCCCGACCGCCUUCCCUCCGAGGCACCGGCGGGCCGCCGCCGCCGCCGCCGCCCACCGCGGGCAACGGGCCUGCGAGGCGACCCCAGCCGCGCCGCCGGGGUGGCCCCCGGACGGCGAUUGA